UAUGUGACUCGAGCAACGAUCAUUCACAAACCCACACUCGCACCGAGAUUAUUAACACACACCUUUUGGCUGCAGGAGCAGCACAUUUUGACCGAAAGAAGAUGCCGUCGGGUAAAAUGCGCUGUACUCGCCGGCUUCGCUCAUGGAUGGUGGACCAGGUGAGCAGCGGGAAAUAUCGUGGUCUUGUAUGGGACGAUGAUGAGAAGACUAUGUUUCGUAUCCCAUGGAAACAUGCUGCAAAACAUGACUUCCGCUGUGAUGAGGACGCUGCGAUCUUCAAGGCAUGGGCAGAGUUUAAGGGGAAGUUGUCUGAGAAUGAACCUGCCGGUCCCGCUUCUUGGAAGACACGUCUGCGAUGUGCUCUGAAUAAAAGUCCUGAGUUCAGUGAGGUCACUGAAAGGUCACAGCUUGACAUCUCCGAACCCUACAAAGUGUACCGGCUUGUCCCACUCGAUGAGCAGGGUCUGACCGAGGUGAAGAAAGAAGAGGAGAAAGACGUGCGGAGGAGUAAAUGCAAAAAGAGGAGGAGCAACUCAGAGAUAAGUGAAGAGAGUCCAAAAAACAAGAUUAAAAUGGAAGAGGCAGCUGCUGCAGUCCAGAGCAUUACUAGGGAACUUGAUGUCACUACAGAAGCUAACAUCACUUUUCAUCCAGAUGAGCCAACAGAGUGUGCUGAUAUGAUGAAGAAAGACGAAGUCAUCGAUGAGAUUCAGCUCAACCUCACAGUGGAAACCACCCCUCCUCCCGGAACAGCCAGAGAAUGCCCCUCGUUCUUCAUCAGGGUUUAUUACCUUGGAGAGGAGGUGCUAAAGAAAGAAGUGAUGAGCGAUGACGUUCGAAUCGCUUUCUUCCCGCCAUCCUCGGCUCCACCAUCUAUAAACAGCAUGAGUUUCCCUCGGGUUCCUCUUCCUCCUCCUCCCUCCAAAUUUACGCCCAAUCAGAUUACUUCCCUUUCCACCCUGAUGCCUUUUAUGGAAGGCGGCGUUGUUCUCACUACGUCGAGUCGAGGUGUUUACGCCAAACGUCUCUGUCAGGGACGAGUUUUCUGGAAGGGACCGCACACGCUCACUAACACGGGAAGCAAAAUGGAGAGAGGCGUAAAACCGAUCCUGAUAUUUAACAGACAAUUCUUCAAACAAGAGUUGGAGCAGUUCAAUAAUGAAGGAAAAGAACCUGAAAGUGAGAUCACACUUUGUUUUGGAGAGGAACUUUUGGAGGAUGACGACAUUUCAAAGAAACUUAUCAUUAUUAAGAUCAGUCUGCCCUGGGCUGAGAAACAGAAGGAAAUGCAAGCAUGGGCACAGUCCAUGUCCUUGCUGCAGAGUUUAGCUCAGCAGUCACCAUCAGGAGAAAUCACCCUCAAUCUGGUGGAGCUUCCUGCUCAGACAUUCGACAUGCUCUGAUUGACCUCCUGUAAUCUGUCUGGAGUAACAUUUAAGCGAUUCAAAGUCUGUACUACACAGAGCAUCGUGGGUUCGUCCUCAGGUUCUGUAGAACUGCAGUCAUUACUCUCUUGAUUUUUUCUCUGGUAACUAAAAGACUGUCUUGUACUUCUUAUUGUAAAACACUAAUACCAUACAAAACCCCGUUGUUAGCAUUGUUACCUAUUAAACUGAUGUUGAAACAGA